GGCGCGCACUCAGUCAUAUACAUCGUCUCAUCUAGCAGACAUUGCUAUUGACCUCUCUUGAUCUUCGGAUAUUCUGCGCGUUUGAUGCGCUUUGGCCACACUGUGACACGCCGUCUCGUUCUGCCAUUUCUCAGACAAGUACCGCGCUCACGGUCCUUCUAUUGGGACCGUGUCUCGAUCCCAGGCAAGAUGACUGUGCAACUAACAGCGGAAGAGGAUGAGCUAUGCACCCUACUUGACCAAUGCACACACAACAUGAAAGAGGCGGAGGGCAUAGAGACGACAUGCAGGAUUGCUGGAGGUUGGGUCCGGGACAAGCUACUAGGGUCAGAAUGCAACGACAUUGAUAUCGCGCUGGAAAACAUGAUGGGAGUGUCCUUCGCGGAACGUUUUGUAGACUUCUGCAGGACCACAAGGGACCUCCCUGUGAAGAACAUCGCGAAGAUUGAGAGCAACCCAGACCAGUCGAAACACCUUGAAACCGCUCGUACUACCAUUCUCGGCAUCGAGCUUGACUUCGUGAACCUCCGGAGUGAGGAGUAUGCGGAAAACAGUCGUAUCCCCACGCAAGUAACAUUUGGAACGCCCCUGCAAGAUGCCCUGAGGAGAGACAUCACCAUCAACACCCUAUUCUAUAACGUCCACACAAGACUUGUAGAAGACCAUACUGGAAGAGGUCUUGACGAUCUUAGAAGUGGGACGAUACGGACGCCGUUAUCUCCAAAGGAGACGUUCACCGAUGACCCCCUGCGCGUGCUUCGCUGUAUACGUUUCGCGAGUCGUUUCGGUUUCACCAUUGUACCGGAGUUGCAGGAAGCAGCGAAGGAUUUGACCAUCCAGGAAGCUCUCAGAGUGAAGAUCAGCCGUGAGCGUGUAGGAGAAGAGCUCGACAAAAUGAUGGGAGGUCGAAAUCCCCUGCUCUCCAUAGACCUCAUCGAUGGUCUAUCGCUGUAUGCCUCCGUGUUCUAUGUACCCGAAAAUGCAGGCAUCAAGCUCUCUGGCCCUCCUUCGUCAUCACGAUCUGCCCUCCAAGCAGCUAUGAUCCUCCACGUGCUAACCAACCCUGUUGCUACCUCUAUGGUCCUUUCUGGCUUCACCUUCCCCUCGCUCCCUCCUCUCUGUCCACUCUUGUUGUCCGAGAUUUCCACCCCAGCAAAACCACUGCGACGGCUAUAUCUUGCCAGCGCUCUGACCCCAUACCGCGGGCUCACGUAUUUGCAGAAGGGCAAGGAGCGACCGGCGGUGGAAGCAGUCAUACGGGAAGGACUGAAGUUGGGAGCCCAGUAUCAUUAUCUAGAUGGUAUUCCUGCGCUGUUCUCGGCAGCCGAUACGCUACAGCGGGGCGUGGCCACUUGGGAGAACGGUGGCCUGGAUAGGCCGGAGAGAGCGUGGAUAGGAGUGCUAUUACGAGACAAGAACGUGCACAGCGUGGUAACUGGGUCUAUGUGGGCCUCGUCGCUCCUGUUCUCUCUUGUGCAAGAACUCACAGCGUUGUGGAACCCGGAGAACACUUCUAUCGAUGAGGCAACCGCAUCCAGCCGAGUCCAUGCUUACAACAAGCUGGCGGCUCGGGUUGAGGAGCUCGGCCUUCAGGCAGCGGUGGACGCCAAGCCGAUCCUCGACGGCAAGGAGGUCGUCAAGCUCCUAGGCGCAACCCCGGGCCAGUGGACCGGGCAAGUCCUUGCGCGCGUGGUCGAGUGGCAGCUCGAGCACCCGGAGGGGACAAAGCAAGAGUGCGAGGCGUGGCUGCGGGCAGAGCACGAAGCAGGCAGGAUCAGCACCGCGUCCUCGACGGUAAAACGUGGCCAGGACGUGGGCUCGGACGCGAAAGCCAAGAAGGCGAAACGGUGACCGUGGUGUCACGGAAGCGUUUGGACAUUGGGAUCCUGCGCGACUUGGACGUGGGCCUAGACCAAGAACCAUAAUGCGGAGGAUGGCGGUGGAUGCUUCGUAGAGCGACCAAGAACAUAGCGGCCAUGGGAAUACAAAUGACGAACUGAACAUCCGUCUAAUCGAUGUUCGUCUGCGGUCGUGAAUUCUUCGACUCGUGGUCUUGUACGACGGUGCCACAAUGCAUUAGCUAUGUCUAUGCGAUAUCAGAGUACCACAGUAUAGAACCUGCGCUUUCGAGCGGACGAGAAUAUACGAGAUGAGAUGC